AUGAAAUCGAACUAUGAAUAUUGGAAUCAACAACAAUCUGGUCUUUAUUCAAAUGGAGAUACAUCUUUACAUUCUGUUCAUGGAGAAAUUCAUGCUGGACCUCAUUCAAUACCAGCACAUACUGAUAAUGGAUUAGGUUCUAAUCUAUUAAUUAAUAAUAAUAGUAUGAAUACUGAUGAUACAGGUGCAUUUGUUACUGCUGGAACAGCUGGUCAACAAGGUUUUGAUGUUCGUACAUUAGGUUUAAGUGAACAAGAAUUAAGAGAAACAGGUUUACAUCCAUCAUUAGUUCAAAAUGGUCGUCAACUUCCAUUAGAUCAAUAUAAAAUAAAUUAUGAUCCAAAUCCAAUUGUUAUUCGAAAACAAAUUCCUGUUGAAAUGCCUACAUAUAAACAACAGGUCAUUGUUCGAUAUCUUCGACCUCCAACACCACCUUCACCAGGUCCAUUAAUUAUAAAAGAAGUUCGAGAACCUCAAGCAGCUGCAGCUCCACCAAUUGUUAUACGUACACGAGCACCUCGAGAAAAAACACCACCACCAAUAAUUAUUCGAGAAGCUCCACCAAAUCAACCUUAUAUUAAUACGAAUCCACAAUAUCUUACACGUGUUGUUCGUAAUAGCCAAUCAUCAUAUUCAUCUCCUCCUUCUCGUCAACCACAAUAUCAACAACAAUAUCAACAAUAUCAACAACAACAACAACAAUAUCAACAACAACAACAACAACAAUAUCAACAACAAUAUCAACAACAAAGACAACAAUAUCAACAACAACCAUAUGAACAAUAUGGACCGUUGGAUAAUGGUCCAGUUAAUUAUGAUCAAUUUAAUGAUAUUCAAAUUGGAAAUCAGUAUGGUAGUGGAAUCAACAAUUUAGGGCAGCAACAACAACAACCAAAAUGGAUUACAGAAGUUGUAUCAAGUAAUGGAACAACAUCGGUAGCUCCACCUCAUAUUUUAGAUGAUAUCUAUCGAGCAGUUAAUAAUCAAUUACCACGUAUAUAA